AUGGGUGGUAACGGUCGUACAAGCUCGCGCCGAGGGUUCAGAGCGCUCGUCACCGUCGCGCUCGUCGUCGUCAUCGCGUCGUUGGCGCACUCAUGUCAAGGCUUGACGUUCAAUCGUUGCGAGCGCGGGUGCUCGGCGAGCGCUGGACAGGGGCGAUGCGGCUUAGACGGCGUGUGCGCGUGCGAGGCAGGAUGGGCAGGACUUGCGUGCGAUGUUCCCACGCCAUCGGUGGUGAAAGAGUCGCGCUUGGAUGGGACGGCGGGGUACGAGUACGACACCGCCGGGACGGCGUACGACGAAAAGUACGUCGAAGACGUCAUGGUAGACACGCGAAAGAACGUAAUUUACGUCUACGCGCAAGAUGCUAAUGGAACGCGAGUGAUCGAAGUCGAUCCGAGGUAUCCGGAGACUUUUACCUCAAACGCAGUGACGGCGAGAGGUUGGGGACAAACGAACGGACCGAGACGAGAGACAACGGGCGCGGUGCCAUUGUCGAUAACACCUUUGCCAAAUUUUUGCGGUAUUGGGAUCUCGAGCGGGUGCGCAGCGAAGCAUCCGAGAGCAUAUGGACAUGUGGAUCCUCAGAAGUCGCGCGGUUGGUACGGAGUGUACGCUAAAAUGGCUGCCGAUUUGUCGACAGCGCUGACGGGCGUCGUCGUGCCAGUGAACAUGUGGCAUCAGACCACGGCAAAUCAGUUUAGAUUUUCGCUUUUCAAGUAUGUCGGUACUACAUGCUCAUCAGAUUCAUCGCAGUGGGCGAACUGCGUUCUCAGUUCAUUGACAAAUGGUCAGGCGAGUGCGACUUUCUCAAAAGAGCAGUACAUUUUGGAUGCCAUGGGCACAGACCCAGCCAACGGCAUGAUAGUGUACAAGGCCACGCACGAAGACGGUCUGUCGCGAAGCGUCAUUGGUCACGUCGACGGCAGUUUGAACGAUAAAGGAAUAAACUUCUUAGCUCCGGGUUUACUGAGCACUAAAUGCCCCACAUGUUCGCUUGCCCCGGACGCCAUGAGGUUGGAGACGAGUGUGGCGCAUACUCAAACAGGUGUCAACUAUGUCAUCUUCGCUGGAUCUGCCCUCUUGGAUGACUCCGAUGGCAAAACCUUUUAUCCUACUUUGUUCAAGGUGAAUACAAACUCAGGGACUCGUGACGGCGAUGGGGUUGAAAUGUAUUUGGACUCAACAAACGUCAAGGUGCUCGAGGCGUGCGAAGGGCAGCUCGAUUCAAAGCAAGGACGCUUUUCGACGUUUACUGCGAUCACAAAGCACAACGGCUAUGGAUACGUGGGCACUUCAGGUCGAGACGGCGACUGUCCGGGGUGUAAAAAUCGCGCGGCAUGCAUCUUCAUGUUUGACUUGAAUUUUGCUGAAGGCGAUAGUCCACUCGCCGUGAUUGCUCUUGACGCAGCGCUCGGAGAGCGUGAUGCUCUGAGCGCUACCGUUCAAACCGGAGCGACGGCAGGAGAAAAAGAUUUCAUGUACUGGGCCGUGGGAUCGCGUGAAAGCGGUAAGAGUCGGAUCGUCAAGAUCGAAAUAGGGGGUACGGACACGUCUAGUGCUUGUAUAAGCGGUUGUUUCAAGCGUGUGGGGACAUUUGAAGAAAGCCACACCAUCGGUGGCAUCAGCGCCGUACCGGGCGAGCGCAGCGUGUUCGCGGUGAGUUCUGCGGCGAGUACGACGUACACAAAGUACUCCACGGUGAUCGUUUCGGGGAUCGAGCCGACUCACAUCAGCGCGCUCACGUCUGGAACGCCGAUAAAAAUUCAUGGAUCUGGCUUUUAUUCGCCUACCCUUGCCAGUGGAAUGAGUCAUUCGAUUUCAUGUAGGUUUGGACACACUUAUGACGCUAAUAAUGGGUUUUCGAAGACAUCUUGGUCGCCAGCAACUUAUGUUUCGGCGACAGAGCUCUCAUGCAUGGCACCGUCGGCGUCAAAUUCAAACUCCUCCACUAUAGGUUAUAGCGAAGUCCAAAUAUCGUUCGAUGGAUUACCAACCGAUUCGAGCGAUCCAACAAGCAUUUGGACCAACUCGCUGUGGAACUCUGGUCAGAUAUAUCUACGUUAUCACGAUCCAGCCGUCAUAAUUAGUACAAAGAUUGGUUCAGAUGACGCCAAGGUUCUUCUCACAGGCGAGGAUGCCGAUCUCGCGCCAGUACUGCUUCGCAUACUCGGAGGUCCGUUUCUGAAUUCGCCCGAUUUAAAAUGUAAGUUCAACGAUAACACGACGAGUGUGACCAGUGCGGUGUUCGUUAGUUCGUCAGAAAUCAAGUGUCCUGUGUGCAAUGUAGUCAAUGGAAGGUGCGCCAAUCCAGUUGGGAGUCCGCUUCCAUGGCUUACGAACGGACAACCGCAAGAUGCGCAGGUCGCAGUUGCACUGAACGGUAUUGAUUACGUUAGUGGAGGGAUUUUGAAGCUUCAUGGACCACCAGUUGGAGUUAAGCUCUUGAGUGGACCGGAUUCGCAUCAAGCUCGAGUUGCCGCGACAGAUUUCUCACUUGGAACGUUCAAGGUUGGACUUGUGGAUAUCGAUGGAACUGAAAUCAACUAUGACCGUGGUCAAGGAGGUACGAAAGGUUACACAAUUUCGGCGAGUAUUUCUGGGCCGUCAGAGGUCGCUAUCACCGAGGCAACGUCAUCAGUGCAGACUUCGGACGGCAUCGCAACAUUCACUCCACAGCUAUCCUCGAUACCAACCGCUGGGGAAUACGUGAUCACUUUUACCGCAACCGAUUGUACCAAUGAUGAUGGUGCAUGUAGUGAUGACCUUGGUGUACUUGCACACGCCUAUUUAUCCGUAACACCAGGUUCGAGCGGUGGUUUGAAGGUGACACCCGGCGCGGCGACGGAGAAUUCUAUGAUAUCAAGUGCUACGUUAUUUCCAACAGAUGUCGUCGUGCUCGACGCGGCCCGAAACGUAUCGAUCGGACAUUUGACAGUCGACAUCGUUGACAUCGGUGGAAGUAUGCUUCAGACGCUAUCUCUUGAUGACGUCACCGUACAAGCGUCACUCGUGACGGGUACACUCAACAGCAACGAAGACUACAGAGAGAGAAGUAUCGGAGCCCAGCUCACUGGAACGCUGAACAAGACGACUAAUGAUGGUCGAGUAUCAUUUUCAGAUCUCAGACUUGUCGCUAUGCCACCUUCUGGUUCACGAGCUGUAGGAUCCACGGACGAUAUCACGUAUAGCGAUGCCACACGAGGAGACUUUGGCGAGGCUUCAAAGUACAUUGUUCAGUUUACGACGACGUUGAAUGGAGUUCGAUAUCGCGCGCAUUCAAUUAUGCAAAUGGAGAUCGGCGAACCGUCUUACCUUCGUAUAAAUGGGACGUAUAGUAAGAGAACAGUUUACGCCGAGGCACCCAAGCAAUCCGUAGGUGAAAUUAUCAUUGGCGCAUACGACGGGGGGAAUAACUUUGUCGGUGCGGCGGAAAUUACGCCGCGUACUGUGACCGUACAUGCAUCGGCUGGUAUCACUUUGGAUGGUACUUUGCAAGUAAAACGAGACGACAGCGGUGUAUGGCGAUUUUCUGAUCUCAAAGUAGUCGGACCUGUCGUCGGGGAGUUCGGAUUGACAUUCUCGUCUGGCGAUUUAACACCCGUUCUCCAAGUGGUGAAUGUGCUAGCUGGAGAUGCUGGAUAUGAACUAGCUUCGAGUCAAUCGAUAUUAUCAUCGGUAACAGCUGAUCAAUCUGUAGGAUUGGGUUCGUUCACGGUAUACGUUCAAGAUAUGCUCGGCAAUUCAAUGGGAACCGCGGAUCGUCACUCAACCACGGAUGCAGUAGCGCCAAAUCGUACCAUUCAAGUGACUUGCGAAACUUUGAAACUUUCUGGAACGACUGCGAUGUUCACGAAUGGCAACGGUCAAGUUUCUUUCACGGGUUUGAUUGCAAAUUCACCGAAAGUCGGUACGCACACCCUUAAUGUCAUUGAGACUGGCGCUGAAGUGAGUGGCGAGUUGCGCGUGGGAAAGCUACAAAGUACAGUUCUCACGGUGAGCGUUUUGAUUGGAGCCGUGAGCGGAUUCAAGGUCACCAGCCCCAAAGUCUUAGAAUUUUCACCAUCAUUCACUGAAAGCAUCCAACUAUCCGAGGCAACAGCAUACUCAGCCGGGCACUCUGUGCCUCUGGAUGACUUCGUCGUCGUACCGGUGGAUGGGGCGGGAAAUGAGUCGCCGACGGGGACUUUGCCGAACGGAGUUACGUUGACGGCGAUGAUGAAUGACACAAACGUCGAAAUUCAUCCGUUCAUACUCGGUGCAAAUGCGACAACAAUCGCAAGAACGUCGGUACUUACUGUAUACACAGAUACUUCACUGUACCCGAGGACCGGCUCUCUUGUGGAAACCACUUCGAGCGCUGGGACUGCGACGUUCUCAGGUUUGCAUCUCGUCAAGCCGCAGAAAGGAACGUACAAUUUGACUUUCGUGUCGUCCGAUUCGAGUUUGAGGUCUGCAAGCGUGGAUUUAGAGAUCACGGCAGGGCGAUCCAAUCACCUCGGCUUACUGCCGUACUGCGCCACAGUCGACGGAGCGUGCCAAACUAAUGUCAACUGCACUUGUCAUCAAUAUCGCGCCGCGUCGGACGUUGCAAUGUACCCAGUCGUGGUGACUAUUCUCGACGGAGCUUUCAAUCCCGUCGAUGAUCUUGAAACGAAAGCUUGCGAGACAUGUCCUAGCAGACGUGUGCACUUAUCGCCGCAAAAUGUCACCUUGUGCAGAAGAACUGGUGAAGGCAACGCAUGCGAAUGUGCUGGGCUUGCCAGUACAUCGUCGACACUGCAUGGAGUAUCAUGUACAUCAGUGGCGACUUUUGAAGCCAACACUGAGUCUGGUGGAAGCUAUUUUGAUGGACUACACAUCGCCAAGCCGUACAUCGGUACGUACGCCGUCGACAUCCACUCGCCGGGUCUGCUGGGUGCACAGUACUACUUUUCCGUGACUUUGGGAAAUGCGGCACAAUUGAUCCUCGACGAAACACAAGGUAGUGGAACAUUCAAAUCUAAGCUAGAAACAUCGAUUGCGAACGCUUCUAGUCCUCUAGUUGGGCGACUUUACGAUGGCGGAGGGAAUUUUAUUUCGGCUUCGCCGACCGGGGCACAAAUAUUUGUUGUCUGCCAAACCGCCGAAUUGGCGGCUUAUCCACAGGGAAUUAAUCCCUUGAUAGGAGGGGAAACUUUUGCGAUAUCGUGUGGUAGCACUACGACGUGUGCAACUCAGGGCGGCACACCCGGCGUCGUUGAGUUUAAGAACCUCGUGCUGCUCGCGCCGACUGCGCAGCAGCACGAUAUCGUAUUUUAUCUCAACGGCAAGGCCGUUGCGACUUAUGCGGUAACAGUGGCGUUAGGAGAUCCAGCUAAACUGGUCGUGGCAAAUUCACCACAAGGAUCAUACCCGGCGACGGCAUCAACAACCCUCGGCCCUUUCGAAAUUGCGAUCGCAGAUGACGCAGGUAAUCGUUUCGGGUCGCUUAACACUCACGAGUACAGUAUUAUCGCCAGUAUCGUGGGUCAAAGGCAUACGUUUGCGACGAGCGGGAGAAAUGGCGUCAUAGCGGCGGGAACCGACAGUACACUACUUCGUGACACAGUGAUCAAUGCCCCAGAGAUCGGGGAUUAUGUGAUUUCUUUCAACUGCGACAAUUGUACCGCGUUAGGGCUCAGCGUUGCGCCCGCGACUCGUACAUUUACGAUUACGAUUGGCACUGCAAGUGCGCUUUUCAUCUCACCGGUAAGGCUUACUUAUUUUUUCUUUUUCAUGCAAAAUAUUAAUGGUGGAUUAAUUGUUCAGACUUUCACGUCACCUGCCAGCGGUGCAGCAAUCGCGUUGCAGACUGCGUAUUCCACGGCAAAAAAAGUAAAAUUGAGUAUGAUUCAGAUUCGUGUGGUCGAUGCAGGCUUGAAUGCGCUCAACCUAAAUUACGAAGUUUCUGUAAAGGCGGAGCGCGUGGUCGUGAGCGCUUGCAACUUUGAGACGAAUGUAUCAUACACACCUCAGACUAUCGUUGCGGGCACAGCGGUGUUUGAUGAUAUCGUAUUCUAUCGACCGUGCACCGGAACGUACUCAUUGACGUUUUCUACAGCGGGUCUCGAUUCGGUCUCCACACAACUGACUUACAGCGCUGGGUACCCAGCGGCGCUUGACACGUGCACCGGUAACUCGUUCACACGUGUCGACCGAGGUUUGUGUCGGGAUCCUGCACAAUAUAUCGCAGCGCAAACCCUGGAUCUUCGUGACUUUGUCGUGCAAAUGACUGAUCCUGGCGGUUAUCAUGUGGGCUCGAUGUGGGACACCGAAGCGCGUAACAUCACGGUUGAGCUAUUUUCUUUCGUGCCAGCGGAGGAUCAACCACGGGCAAGUGUGCUACCAACCUUGCAAGCCGAAUGGGAUGGAUCUCUUCUCGCAGUAAAUGGUGGAGUGGGAUGGUGCAAAGAUUCACUUGACUCUAGCCCGAGGACUGUGGUCUCCAGUAAUCCCACGACUGGUGCUUACACGUACAGAGUGGUGUACACCAACCCCGCACCAUCAUAUUGCAGGGAGGCUGGGUAUAGUGGUAUUGCGCCCGACACACACUAUAAUGUCGGUCUGCAUAUUCAAAAUGCAUUAGCUGGGACCUAUCGCUUGCGAUUCGCUUCAUCAUGUGGCUCAAGUCGAUGUCCUGGUGCGCUCUAUCCUGUGCUGGAGACUGACAUGUUGGAGUUCACCGUAGUCCCUGGCGCGCCGACAGCGUUGGCCGUCGUCACGGCACCUCCCUUCAUAAACGAAAAUGACUUCGCACUUUCGCCUGCACCAGUCAUCGCGGCGAUCGAUUCUGUAGGAAACGUGUGCGUCGAUAUCAAUACGACGCUUACGGUCAGUGUAUCGCCCGCUGUGGCGAGCAUUUCAGGGACAGAGGCGGCGAUGGUGAACGGCUUGGCGAAAUUCGAUUCAAUCACAAUCAUCGGUGAGCGCGCGAAUGCCUAUGAGCUGAAUUUUUCGGCUUCAACGUUGAAUGUGAGUAUCGUACCUUCAACUCCAACGACGGUCAUGAAUUGCUCAACAGUCAAACCGAACAGCGUGCUUCGCUCUGGCGUGUGCGAGUGCAUUCCUGGCUUCACCGCCGACAUUAGUGGAGGCACGGGAUAUACUGAAGAUAUCGAUACCAUUUAUGUCGAAACGAAUAUAACUCUAUAUAAGACAGCUACAUCUGGGUCAUCUCGAUGGCUCGAUGCUCUUCACCCGUAUGGCAUGUGUGUGCCGUGCAAGAAUGGCUUCUACAAAGUGGCGCACGGUGACGGAGCAUGCACGUCGUGCCCAAUCUCCAUGGAUACUUCGCGAGUUGACGGCAGAUUGAGGCAAACAUAUCAAGCACAGUCAGGAGUGCAACUUUUAGGCGCCCUUGGUCACGUGAGCAAGAGUUCCUGCCACUGCAUCUCUCAAACGAGUGUCCCAUUCGAGAGCUAUUAUCGACAACUCCCACUCGAUGAUUACAAAUGUAUGGCAUGCCCGAAAGGUGCAAAAUGUUACGGUGAUGAGCUCGAAAAUGUCGAAGCGCUUCCUGGUUUCAGUAGAUUUGACCGACAAACGCUGAAAUUUCGCGCGUGUCCGUACCCUGACGCGUGCCUAGGCGGCGUAAACAGCACAUGUCUUGAUGCAGGGUACACUGGUGCUAUGUGCGCAGCUUGUGCGAAUGGUUAUGCGUACCACGCCAUUCGAGAAGCAUAUCCACCAAAAUGUUACGAUUGUUCGGCAGGAGCAUAUCGAGUGCUCAACUUUCCGAUCGUCGUCGUCAACUUUCUCUGGAUAUUGUUGCUGGUGUGGCUCAUUCGGGUUGUCAAUCAACGCCGAAGUUCACAAGUCGUCGGCAUGAUAAAAUCGUUUGUCACCUAUUUACAAAUGACAGCGUUGGCGAAAAAUUUAGACCUCGCAUGGCCGGAUUCGAUGAAAGCAUUCUUACUUAUCGCCGAGAAGCUUUCGUUACCUGACAUACGGUCGGCGUCAGCAAAGUGCGCCAUUGGCUGGAAGUUUUACGGAAAUCUACUGUUUCACGAGUUGCUCCCACUAGGCUUGAUGAUAUUCUUGUUCAUCAUCUUCACGGUUAUCAAGUACGUCGAAGAGUUGAGAGAGGCAACGGCCCAAGCUAGAGUGGAAGCCACGAAGAAGACAAAGGCAAAUGAUUCUGCUGAAGAUGAAGAAACAAACGCCAUCGAUAGUGGUAACACGAAUAAAGUGAACAAGCACGAUGUCGGUCUUGAAGAAGUGCGAAACAUCAGAGCUUACGACAUAGUAAUAUCAUGGCUCGUCGCGACUCUGUGGCUUCUCUAUCCCACCCUUGUUCAAUAUUUGGCUGAGUUCACGCAGUGCACUGGUACGUCUGGCGACAGCGAUCGACACUUUGUAUCCGACUAUUCGGUCCAAUGCCGGGGCACCGCCUACUCACUUUACUUGUUUAUGGUCAUCGUUUGGGCUAUACUGUAUAUCGUCGGUAUUCCAUACGGUUUGCUGCAGCUCGCUCGCGGAGAAGACAUUGUCGGCGAGCACGAUUCAGCAAUGGUGCAAUAUCGUCUCGGUUUGCUCUUCAAGGGAAUCAAUGUCAAGUCCGCGUGGUGGUGGGAAUGGGUCAUAUUCGCGAGAAAAUUCAUCCUGAUCUUCAUAGUGAUCGUAUCUAGACGAAGUGCAGUCAUUGGUGGAUACACGGUGAAUUGUAUGUUGCAACUUUUCUUUGUAUUCCACAUCGUCGCAAAACCGUAUGCCGGCGAAAAGUACGCAAAGAUCGAGACACAUGGCUUACUUGCUACUAUGGCAACAUUCACCGGCGGACUGAUUUUCAAACAAUCAGGCGAACAAGGUGGACAAGGCUCGACUUUUGUCGAUCUCAUCACGGCCUUGUUGUUCAUCCUGCACGCAUGGGCAUGGUAUGAUUUUGCCCGAACGUUGGUUCGCCAGUUCCGCGAAGAGGGCGAAGAAGGCCUCAUCAAGCGCGCUAUUCGCGACUUGGAAUUUGAAGAGGCGAUUGUCGACGAAUUCGACGCCAAGAGAGACGAAGAGAUCAUUCAUCAAGAGAAAAUGGCAAAGGAAAGCGAACGCAUCCAACUUCGAAGCAUGACUGGUCAACGUCUUCCUUUCGCCGACGACGAUUUACUUGAAACGAUCAAGGCUGACUCUACGAUUACUAUUCGCCAGCAACACGGCGCUUUGAGCUCACAGUUGCAAGAUUUACGUGAGCGCUGGAAAGCUCGAACACACCGACGCGGCGAACGUUUAAUCGCCUUGGACGAGCGCCAUCUCACCGCGCACUCCACGAACUCGCGGGAAUCCCCAAAAUAG